AGGAGGAGGAGGAGGAGGGGGAGGUGGUUGUCCCGCGGCUUGGCGUCCACAGCUCGCUGCUAACCCACCUUUCCUAACCGGGAGCUGAGUGCAAAUGGCAGAGCAGGAGGAGCAGCCGUUAACCGCGCCGGACGAGCCGGUGCCCGGCCCGUCGGGGACCGGGCGAGCGGUGGCUCUGGCCCGGCUACUUCACCACGAAUGUACCGAACUGCUGCGGCUAUACAAAGAGAGGGAGACCUUCUUGUCGGACCACGCCCCAGACGGCGGACGCAUGGUGUCCCUGUCCCCAGAGGCGGAGGAGCCCGGCACAGAUGAGCAGGUGCAGCUGCUGCACUCGGCUCUGCGGCAGUGUCUGGGGCUGCUCCACUGCCUCAUCCUGAAGGAGGAGGAGGAAUGGGGGAAGCAGGAAGGCGACUAUGAAACCAUGAGGAAGAGUGUCCGGGUGCGACUGGAGCACCUGCUCUGCAGCACCAAAGAGCUUGUGGAGACCGAGGACACGACCCCCGAAGUCACCCCAGAUCAUCAGUGCAACGAGGAAGUGGAUGGCAGCGGGGGCGUGUUUGGCUUCAAAAUGUGGACCUACCGGGUGCUGCUAGAGCUAAUCCACUGGGCUGACCACGCAGCACAGACCCUCCAUGUCUUACACACAGAAAAGGAAGGAACAGAGGAGAUCUGAGUUCCUCCCUUUCAAUCCAGCAACAUAUAUGAAUGAACUUAUUCAACACUAACAGCCAGCUUUAUAUUUUCCAAAUGAAAAAUAUAAACUGAUGUGGCGUGCACUCUGUGAACAGUCAAGGUGAAAGUGCACAGCUUAACUAAAACUACGCCUAAUCCUCUUUAUCAAAGCCAAGUAGACCGCUAUUCCCAGACAUUGGUAUUUCCACUGUAAGUGCUAGAAUGACCACUAGUUCCCCAGUGUUUGGAAUUUCCUUUUCACAAAAAAGUGCAGGAUUGUUUGCUGUAUGCAGUGACAUAGUUAGACUGUUGUCUAGACUUUUUUUCUAGUAUGCUGUGUAAAAUAUUUUAUUUAAAUAGAUCUCCUCUGAGUAAAAAUCUGCUUUUUGUAACACUCCAAAAUCUACUAAUUGCCAGAAUAUAACCAAUAAUAUAUGACUGAAAAAACUGUGACUGAAAUGCAGUUGAAUGUGUAGCCAUUUACUGUUUCGACAGGUCUCUUAGCUUUAAACGAACAACCUUAUUAACCUAUUUAACCUAUAUGACUGAAAAUCAGAUUCCUUGUCAUGUACUGGAUGCUUGUCAUGUGUAUGGUUCGGGACAAUCUGUGAUAAAGUGUCAUGUUCUGCUGCUCUUUUCACCAAGUUCUCUCCUGAUGUUAUACUUGAAUGUGCUGCUGCACUGUCCAUUUGUUUGAGCUGUUAGACCAAUUGGUUUCUACCGUCUGCCUCUUUGGGAGCCAGAAAUUGUGAACCCCAAUUUUAGACUGUUAUUCUACAGCAGGGCCAUACUGUCUGUACCCAGAAGUACCACUUUGAAUGAACCACAACAACUUCACUGUAGACUGUCACAGUGUUCACUCUUUUAAAUGAAUGCGAUAUGACUUCCAGGCCUGCCAGUAUGGGGAAUUUCUAACUGCAAUGCUUUCUUUAUUUUUGUGAAGAUUAACUGGAUGUGCAUUGAACAUUAAAACAAAAACACUAUCUUAA